AUGAAGAAGCUUCGAGCGGAGGCGGUGGUGGAGGAAGAGAGAGGCUUGGUUUGGAUGGAUUCAGUUAGACAGAUGGAGAUGCGGGAGCGGUACCUACCUGGGCUUUACCACCCCAGUAUGCAAAUGGACCAUGACACUCAUUGGCAGGCCCUCCCACCACUGGCUUCGGUGACUUUCCCAGACUCAGGGGCAAGGUGCUGUGUGGAAUUGCUGCUGCUGCUGCUGGCUGGGGAGCUACCCCUGGGUGGGGGCUGUCCUCGAGACUGUGUGUGCUACCCCGCACCCAUGACAGUCAGCUGCCAGGCACACAACUUCGCUGUCAUCCCAGAGGGCAUCCCAGAGGACAGCGAGCGCAUUUUCCUGCAGAACAAUCACAUCACUUUCCUCCAGCAGGGCCACUUCAGCCCCGCCAUGGUCACUCUCUGGAUCUACUCCAACAACAUAACUUUCAUUGCUCCCAACACCUUCGAGGGCUUUGUGCACCUGGAGGAACUAGACCUUGGAGACAACAGGCAGCUGCGAACUCUGGCACCUGAGACCUUCCAGGGCCUUGUGAAACUUCAUGCCCUCUACCUCUAUAAGUGUGGGCUGAGCGCCCUGCCCGCAGGCAUCUUCGGUGGCCUGCACAGCCUGCAGUACCUCUACUUGCAGGACAACCACAUUGAGUACCUCCAAGAUGACAUCUUUGUGGACCUGGUCAACCUCAGUCACUUGUUUCUCCACGGCAACAAGCUUUGGAGCCUGGGCCAAGGCAUUUUCCGUGGCCUGGUGAACCUAGACCGGUUGUUGCUGCAUGAGAACCAGCUACAGUGGGUCCAUCAUAAGGCUUUCCAUGACCUCCACAGGCUGACCACCCUCUUCCUCUUCAACAACAGCCUCACUGAGCUGCAGGGUGACUGUCUGGCCCCUCUGGUGGCCUUGGAGUUCCUUCGCCUCAAUGGUAAUGCCUGGGACUGUGGCUGCCGGGCACGUUCCCUGUGGGAAUGGCUGCGGAGGUUCCGAGGCUCCAGCUCCGCAGUUCCCUGUGCCACCCCUGAGCUGCGGCAAGGCCAGGAUCUGAAGCUGCUGAGGGCCGAGGACUUCCGGAACUGCACAGGACCAGCAUCUCCACACCAGAUCAAGUCACACACGCUUACCACCUCUGACAGGGCUGCCCGCAAGGAGCACCAUCCAUCCCAUGGCUCCUCCAGGGACAAAGGCCACCCACAUGGCCAUCUGCCUGGCUCCAGGUCAGGUUACAAGAAGCCAGGCAAGAACUGCACCAGCCACAGGAACAGAAACCAGAUCUCUAAGGUGAGCACUGGGAAGCAGAUUCCUGAACUGCAGGACUAUGCCCCUGACUACCAGCACAAGUUCAGCUUUGACAUCAUGCCCACCGUGCGACCCAAGAGGAAGGGCAAGUGUGCCCGCAGGACCCCCAUCCGUGCCCCCAGUGGGGUGCAGCAGGCCUCCUCGGGCACUUCCCUGGGGGCCUCGCUCCUGGCCUGGAUACUGGGGCUGGCGAUCACUCUCCGCUGAGGACCAGGGCAACAUUACCCAGCACUGCCACAAGUCCAGCAAGGAACAGAAUCUUUUCUCCUUUUUUUUUCCUAAGUGGAAGAUCUGCUGGGUUUCAGAAAAAGGCUGCUAAAGCCUUCAGCCACAGUCUGGAUCCUUCCUGGUGGAUUAUAAGCCCAAAGUGUACAGCUCUAGACAGGAGGGGUAGCACAUCUCGCCUGGUUGUCCUGGCCCAACACCUACGGACAGCAUCCACUCCAGCACAGUGGUCAAAGGCACACGAAGUGAAUCAUUAGUAGUGACAGACAGGACAUGUGCCCUUUGCAGAAGCUGGGCUCUGUGGCAUCCUGAUCAUCUGGAAAGAAGGGCCGAAGGAGCAGGACUCAGGACAAGGCUUACCCAGAGCCAGCUGGGGCAGCCAGCAGUCUCAGAGCACUCUUAGCUCUUGUCUGAAGCUACUUAGUCAACCUGCCCAGUCCAACCCUAUGCCACCCUCUGUCCCUGCCUGUGGGGUAAUGCCUCUCAUUCCUGAUGUCUCAGGCAGUCCUGGCAGACCUGCUGGGGUCCAAGAACCAAUCACCAAAGGAAAGAUCGCCAGAGGAUGGCAUUUAGAACUUUACUGGCAAUGACAGUCACAUAGAAGGUGCAGUUUUAUACCUGUGUCCACUUAUGUAUAUUCUCACUCCCUACCCACACAACCCACCCAAUAUAAAUAUAUAAAUAUAUAUAAAUAUAUAAAUGCACAGCUCCCCCCCACUCCUUACCAAACUGUAUGUCUUAUCAUGUUUAUAAACUAUACGGGAACCUAUAUUUGCUCAACUACAGAAUGUAUUGGUAAUUUCUAGCAAGAAAAGAAGCUGUGGCGUUUUUGUUCAGAAUCCCAACUGGCAAAGGUGCUUACUGGGGCAAAGGUGUCAGUGGGAAGAGUUGAGGAGGAAGAGAAACAGUGAGAAUCACUUCAGGGGACCAACAUUCUUAGAUACUUAGAACAUCACCUUGUUUUUAUAUGCAACACAUGCCUGUCUGGCACCCUGGAGCACCCCACUACCGCUAUUGUAGAAGCUGCAGGCGUUGGUUGUGGUGAGAAGUGGGAAGUAGCUUGUCAGAUGUCAGGGUGCUGGAGGCAAGCUAGGUGGAGCAGGGGAAGGGGCUUUGGGUUUUUUUAAGCCAGAAGACAAGGCAGCAUCCGCAGUGUUAGUCCAGUGGGUUGGAGGAGAGUGUCCUUCUAGCGUUUUGCCAGUGAUGGUCUAUGCAGGCCAGGGAGGCUCUGAGCUCUGACUCAUGGGAGGCUUAGCUCCAGUUUUGACCUGCUGAGGGCCAUGAAUAGUUUGGCAGUGGAAAAGAAUCUAGUGGCCUUAGCAGAUGAGGGCAUUUCAGUAACCAUCUCAGGCACUCUAAAUUCCAGAGAUCCUGUUCCUCCUGAUCAUUCUGGAUAUACCCCAGGACAGGCAGAGGUCAGAGGGCCAGACUCAGGGGUCAGAGCCCAAACAUGCAGCAUGCAAGGAACACAACAGGCAAGCUCAGUCAGGGAAUAGGGGCUGUUGGCUCGAAGGUCUCCAGCAAGCACAAUCUCUUGUGCUUUGCACAAAUAUGAAUCUGAAUCCUUUACCAGAGGGUGUGUGAGGAAUAAGAAAUGCUGAAUCCAAUUAAGAGAGAAAAAUAAUAAAAAAAAAUUCUCUUGGAAAAGAA